AUGUCUUCACCACGAAAACAUGAAAAAAAAGAGCUCCAUCUACGAGGAGAAUAUAGUACAAAGUUGGGAACAACCGAAAUAGCUAGUCAAACAAUUUCUGCCGUUCAAACUGUAGGAGAUGCAAUUACACCAUUUGUUCCUUUAUUUACCAUGGUUACAAACAUACUUGGUUCUAUGAUAACAAUUUAUGAUAAUGCAAAAUGUAAUGAAAAAAUUUGUGGAGUUUUAUUAGAUCGU